GCACACUCUCUCUUUUACUUAUAUACUAUAAACCGUGAUGAAGAUGAAAACCCCCUCUUUUUCUCUCUUUCUCUCUCUUCCUGUGUCUUUUUUGGUAUUUUAAAGUAGUACUUUGAUCAGUUGGUAAUUGGGGAAGUACCAUUUAUGACUCUUCCCUCUUUCCCUAAGCAAAAUCCAAUAGAAUAAAGAGAGAGAAAUAUAAUCCCCUCAAAAAAAAAAAAGAGAGAGAAAUAUAAAAAAAUCAUUACCCCCAAAAAAAGAAAUUAAAUUUUUGCAGUAAGAGAGAGAAAGUGAGAGAUGGGAUUGGGGGUUUCAAGAAGGGAAACAUGUCCAACUUCAACCCAGCACCUCUAUUCUUUGCUUCCUUCUCUCCUCAUCAGAUCCCAAAGAUAAUGUGGUAGAUAGCUGGUUUUGGACUUUUGCAUUAAAGGAUUUAAAAGAGCUUGCAUUUUUACGGGGAUAACAUACCAGCUGCGGAACUGUACAAAAGUCUAUACUCACUUAGUUUUCGUUUUGGCGAGUCAGUUUAUCUAAAUGGCCCACAUAUAUACCAAUUGUCCUCCACAUUGGAAUUCAAAUGACCAGCGCAUUUUUGAAUCUUUUACAAAGAGCUUGAGCUUGAAAGUGGAUUCUCCACCACAACUUCAUCUUAAUGCAAGAUCUUUGGGUUUCCAUUUGCAAGACCAAGACUCUUCUUCAAGCCAGUCAACUCGGUCUAACCAUGAUGUGACUGGUAAUGUCGGGACCAAUUCUCAGGAUCAAUGCAUAUCAUCAGAGUCUGGUCAAGAGGUCAAUUGUGGCAAAAACAUGGAUCAAGUGAAGCCAAUUUAUAUGAUGGAUCAUCUCGAUAUGGCCUAUAGUGGAGGUCAAAUUGAUUAUGGUCGUGCAAUGACAUGCAUGCCAUAUCCUUGUGGCGAUCCCUACUAUAAUGGGUUAUUAACAGCAUACGGAACAACACAUAUUCAGCCCCAUAUGAUGGGUAUUACAACUGCAAGAGUCCCGUUACCUCUCGAUAUAUCUGAAGAUGAGCCCAUUUAUGUCAAUGCCAAACAAUACCACGGGAUUCUUAGAAGGCGACAAUCAAGAGCGAAGAUGGAGGCUCAGAACAAGCUCGUCAAAAUUCGCAAGCCUUAUCUUCAUGAGUCGAGGCAUCUUCAUGCACUGAACAGGGUUAGAGGAUCAGGUGGCCGUUUCCUUAGCACAAAGAAGCAGCAAAAAUCUGACCCAACCUCUGCAAUCAGAAAUCGUUCAAUCCAUGGCUCUAAUGCAUUAGGCUGUAUUGGCAAUAACAUGGUAUUUGAACCGCAUCAAGCACAACGCAUGGCUACUGGCACCUCUGAUGUCUCCAAUGGUAAUGCCUUCUUUCAGCAGCAAGAGGGUGGAUUCUUGGGGAUCUCUUCUUCACAUACAGGUGGAGGCGUGCAACGCAGUGGAGCGUUUAUACACAAUUCGAACCAGCAUCAGGCUUCAGUGGUCCGGUGAAGUUGGGAGAAGAAACCAACGCAUCGCUGACCAGGCAACUCAUCCUUGGCUUUUUAAAUAUUCUUGCGCUUGUAUCAGCCUCAUGGCUGUUUAAAUAUGCUAGUAAAUGAAAAUCGAGUGAUUCAGUCGUUUAGUGUUUCCAUAUGUUUCUUUAUUCAAGAUCUUUGACAGUUAUGUUUCGUGAUGAUGAUCUUUGAAUCACACAGUAGUGUUGAACUGGUAAACUUCAUGCAUAUGUGGAUGAUUGUGUGUAAUUUUUAAGUACACUAAAUACUAUUUAAGAGUUCCCUCCCAUUUAAAAAUAAA